UAAAAUACACACCACACUUCAAAAUCGUAGUGCACUGGGUAGGCUUUUAGCACCCGAUGUGGUUGUGUAUUUGGAGUUUCUAUUCGCCACUUGCAAGUUACCGUGGGAAAGUCACUAACUACAGUAUCCUAACUGUAGGAUAUAUCGUAGUAGGAUUUAUUUAACAACAGUUGAAGUCUGUUGCCUCCCGCUGUUGGACAAAACGGCAUUUUCAUUCAUUUUCAUUCGCUCAAGCUACAGUUUCAGUGGACUUGGAAGUUUAAAUCAUUUCGUGAAUUAAAAUCGAAAGAAAACCCACCUGGCCGUCUGGUAACUGGUUCAACAAACUGCAGCAGAAGGGGAAUGUGGUUUGUUGACGAUAGCCAAUCCUUCCGUUGGCUGUUCUCCAUUUGAAAAACAGUGAGAUGAUUUUAAUGACGUGGUCCAUCAUCCUUCGAGGGGAGACCAACUGCAAAAUCAUCAACAUCUGAACAACUCUUGUGACUCCUCUUGUGACUCCUGGUGUCCAGUGGAGAGGAGGCUCCUCAAACCCCCGGAUAUUGAGUGAAGCGAGAGGACUAAAAGGAGGCACAACAAAAUGGAUGCCUUAGACACCAUCCAGAACUCUGCCUUGGAGACCAAGGCUGAGCGCAUCGCCCGCUACAAAGCCGAGAGGAGGAGAGAGCUGGCGGAGCGUUACGGAAACACUGAGGAAGUCAGCUCUAAAUACACCAGGAGGGAAAGGAAAGCUGGUGAGACUUCUGAGAAAGAGAAGCCGGAGGACAGAAGCUCCAAGACCGAGCAGACGUUAUCUGGCCGGGCCUCCAGGAGUAGGAUGGAAGACCGCGAAGAGUCUGUUGACAGCGAGUCCUCCCAGGAGACCGGCUGGGAUGAGGAGGCCCAACUGGAUACAGCUGCCCCCUCAAAGCCUGCUGCCACCAAGAGGCUUAACUCUAAUCACAGCCUUUUGGAAGCUGGGGACGCCGAGGAGCCAGAAGUAACUGACAGGAAGACUGAUGACGGAUCCAAGAUGAACAUGGCUGCCGACAUGUCUUUGAUUAAGGGGCUGGAGAAGACUGAAGAGUCGUCUCCCCUGACAACAGAGGGGAGUGGUCGCCAUGCCAACAACAACAGCCGAGCGCACACCCAGCCAAUCACAAGCAAGGAGAUGGUGGCGGCAGGCAGCCCUCCUAAGGAGGAAGAGUCUAAAGGCUCAGAGAUGCAGGAGGCUACAGACAAGCGCAGGUCGAAAGGGGAGCGCUCCUACACACAACCGGUCACUGAGUUUGAGGUGAAGAGGCUCUCGUCCUCCAGUUCCCCCCUACCCCUCUCCGGCCAAACACCAUACCCCGGAAGCAAGGACGAAGAGGACAAGUCCCCUAUACCCUCCCAGCCUGUCUUGCUGCAGCGCCAAGACUCGGGCACCCGCAGCGGCAUCAAGGGCAUCCUCAAAAAGAGUCGUUCCACUAGUGUCGAGUCGGACUACAGAGGAGGAACCCCUGAAAGCACCUCCACCACCGGGGUGGUCCGACAAACCAGCGUAACCCUGAGCCACCCCGAGAGCGACGAGGAAGAUGAGGAGAAAACAGAGGAGGUGGAGGAAGAGGAGGAUGAGGAAGAUGAGACGAUAGUGGACGAUAGCCCCGACGGAGGGCGUUUCAGUACCCCCCAGAUGCAGAGGGGCAGUGGGCGUGGUGGUAGCAGUAGUUCAGCGGAGGACCUCCAGAGCCGGACCCCCUCUCCAGACGAGAGCCUGGGGGAGGAAGAGAUGGAGAAGAUGUCGUCGUUGGACACGGAAGAUGGAGAGGAUCAGGAUGUGGAUAGCAGUCUGGACAGUAGUGUGGGGUCAUCCCUGAAAGAGAGGCUAGCUGAAUUGAGCAGUGGUGAGGAGGAGUGGAAGGCCAAGCUGAAGAAGCCCAAGGAUCUGGUGCAGAAGUCCCUGGCUGACCGUUUCAACCAGCUCCAGGACUCUGGAGAUGCCUGGAAGAAGAAGAAGUCCAGUGCGGACGUGGAGACCAAGAUGUCCCUGGCGGACAGGAUGAAGAUCCUACAGGAGAAGGAGGAGGCAUGGAAGAGCAGGGGGCGGGGCGCCGCCAACGACUCCACCCAGUUCACCGUGGCCGGGCGCAUGGCCAAGAGAGGUCUUGUGUCCGAGACUGGUAAAGAGGAGUCUCCCAUUUCCCACAUUAAGAAGUCCAGCGCCACGCCAGUCAAGCCACAUGAAGAAAUCUCCACUCCGACUGGUGUCAAGGUGGAAGGGGACAAGAGGCUGGACAAGCUAGAGUCCUUCCUGGACAAGCUCCACAGUAAAGGGCUGGGGCACAGCCGGACUUCCACCAUCGAGGUGACUGCCGAGACGGAGAAGGAGGUCAUGACCCUGGAUGAUGAGGAGACGUUUGGCCGCUUUUACAAGCCUGUGUCGCCCACCGCCCGAGGCGUUGUCGUUACUGCACUGACCGAGGAGGAAUUCAGUGACCUUCAAGCCGACACGCCAAAGUUGACGUCGGCAGUGACGGAGCACAAGCGUGCUGUGCGUCCUACUCGGAAUAACCAGGGCUCACGCAACCCCCUCCGUGCCCUGGCGGCCCGCAACGACAUCCGCCAGGUCUACACGGAACAGAGACUCAAUAUAGCUACCGUGGAAACUAAGAGGAUCCAAGUGGAGAGGAUGGCCAAGCAUUCCAACCUGGCGGACGCAGCUCUGGCCGGCCUGGCUAGCAAGGAGAACUUCCGCAAGGUCAACCUGCGCAGCACCAAAUCCACUGAGGUGGUGACCAACAACAGCACGCUGCCCUUCAACAAGCUCAUGCUCAUCCGCAUCAAAGGUCGGAGGCACGUGCAGGUGCGUCUGGUGGAGCCCGCUGCCCAUUCCCUGAACAGUGGCGACUGCUUCCUGCUCAUCACCCCCAAACACUGCUUCAUGUGGAGCGGAGAGUUCGCCAACGUCAUCGAGAAAGCCAAGGCCUCAGAGAUGGCAUCGUUCGUGCAGGCGAAGAGGGACCUUGGUUGUAAGGCCUCCCAGGUGACUGUGCUGGAGGAGGGCAUCAACACUGACAACAAAUGGGCUAAGGAGUUCUGGGACCUACUGGGGGGCAAGACCGACUACAGAGGUGCAGGGGAGCCGGAGGAGGAUGAGCUGUAUGAAAGUGGUGUGUUAGACUCUAAUGGAGUCUAUGGGCUGCAGGAGGGCAAACUGGUGCCCCACAAAGAGGCCUGGGCCUCCAUCCCCAGUGUCACCCUGCUCAACUCUAAAGAGGUGUUAGUGUUUGACUUUGGCAGUGAGGUGUACGUGUGGACGGGGAAGGACGUCCCCCUUGGUGACAGAAAGGUGGCUGUCCAAUUAGGGAGGCAGCUGUGGAGCGGUUCUUACGACUACAGCAGCUGCAGGGUCAACCCCCUGGACGCCUGUUCAACCAAUACUGAUGUCCCUGAGCAGGGUGAGGGACGUCCCAGCUGGGCUCUGUUCGGCCGUCUGUCGGAGCACAACGAGACGGCUCUGUUCAGAGAGAAGUUCCUGGACUGGGCCGAGAGGAAAGAGGAGUCUGCCAUGGAUGAGGCUAAGAGCCCUGUGCACUCUACCCUCCGCUCGCCCCUUGAGGCGGCCAAGCCCGACGUCUUAAAACCGUGCGACGCCAAGGCCCUGCUGGACAGUGUGGGUGGCCCCGUACGUAGCCUCCUGGAGGGCGUAGACGUUCAGCGUGGCUACGGGAUGGUUCGAACGGAGGACGGACGCCAGGCGGAGCUCGCCACAGUGGCAGUGGACGCCUGGCAUAUCCGGGAGUUUGAGGAGGAGGAGCUGGUGGCGGCGAGCUUGGGCCAGCUGCACGAAGGAGACACCUACGUGAUCCGCUGGAAGUACUCGGUCACCACUGUGGUGGGUAAGAGGCAGAAGCCGGGGGAGCUGAGUAGUGGGGGUCCCGGUCGGGAGCGCAGCGCCUGUUUCUUCUGGCAGGGCCGUCACUCCAGCGUCAGUGGCAAGGGCACCUCCGCACUGAUGACCGUCGAGCUGGGGAACCACAGGGGGGCACAGGUGUUGGUGGCACAGGGCAAGGAGCCUCCAUGUUUCCUGCAGCUCUUCCAGGGAGGCCUGGUCAUCCAAAAGGGUAGCAGAGAAGAUGGUAGCGUCAACAACACAGGCUGGCAUCUGUAUUGCGUGCGCGGGGAAGCCACGGUGGAGGCUUCCCUGGUGGAGGUGGAGUGUUGCUGUGCCAGCCUGCGUUCCCGUGCCACCCUGGUUCUGCUGGAUGCCCACCAGGGACAGCUAUACCUGUGGCACGGGUGUAAGUCCCACGCCAGCGCCAGGGAGGUGGGCGCCAGGGCUGUGGAAAGGCUCAAGCAGAGGCAUCCUUCUGAGCUGGGCCUGAACAGUAACAGCAGUCUGAAGGUGGAGGAGGUAGAGGAAGGUACGGAGCCAGUUGGGUUCAGGAAUGCUCUGGGACAGCAGGACAGGAAGGCAUACGACUGCAUGCUCCAAGAUCCAGGGAAAUAUAACUUCACCCCGCGACUGUUCUGUCUGAGCGCCAGCUCGGGAGUAUUUGAAGGGGAGGAACUGCUGAGCCCGGCCCGUGUGACUGGGGCCGUCAUGGCCAUGCCCUUCCUCCAGGAGAAUCUAUACUCUGUGCCACAGCCAGGCCUCUUCAUGCUAGAUAACCGUAUGGAGGUGUACCUGUGGCAGGGCCGGCAGCCUGACGACGGAGAGUGUACAGGCUCAGCCAAGAUCCGCUGGGAGAACCAGAAGAAGUGUGCCAUGGAGACUGUGCUGCAGUACUGCAAAGAGAAGAACUCUCGCCGCCCCCCUCAGGCCUACCUGGUCCUAGCGGGCUCUGAACCGCUGACCUUCACCAACAUCUUCCCCUACUGGGAGAGAGAUCCCAACAUCACCACCCAGGCGGAGGGGGCACGCAACAAGGUGACCCUGGUGCAGGACGCCCUGAACUGGCUGAGUAAGAACCAAUACUCUGUGGAGGAGCUAACGGCCAAGCCUCUACCAGAAGGAGUGGACCCCCUCCGCCUGGAGAUCUACCUUUCAGACCAGGACUUCCAGAGGGUCUUGGAGAUGACUCACACCGAAUUCAACGCCCUGCCAAACUGGAAACAGAAGAACCUGAAGAAAAGCAAGGGCCUUUUUUAAAAAGUUUUCCUUUUUUGUUGUUGUAAACAAACCAAAAAAACAAGAGGACAUUUUAAAGUCCAUAUGGCACCUUUUUCAUACUGUUUUGUAUUCUGGGGGAAAUCAUGUUGUUUUUUUCAUGUAAACCGAAAGAACAAAACACAUGUACAGACUUGUAUCUGUUUUAAAACGAUAACCUCUUUUUAAAAAUGCCAAUUUUAUAGACCUUUCCUACAAAGCAAUAUAUUGUAGCCAAAUAUAUACAGUAUAUGCAAGUGUUACCUUUUGGCAGCGAGGUUAUUGUUAAUUAUAGUGAACUAUAUAUGCCCCUGAAUUAUAAAUAUGUAUUAUAAAUGUCUGUUCUUACAUGUGUACUCUAGCAUUGUCAAUUCUGUCAAGAGUGGGAGAUUGUCUUUGUGUCUGUUGUGUUGAAUGGCUGUGAUCAACAAAAACACUCGAGGGUCAUUCAUACACUUAACCAUCACCUAAAAGUUGCCACCAGUUUUACGAGAAGAAAUACUCAUUAGCCAUUCUAAGUUAGAGGCAAUCUGCAGUUGCCACAUAUAUAAUGUUUUUAUAUAUACCCAUUGAUUCAUUAAGACUAUCAUUUACGAAUGCCUCAUUAGCUUUGUUCAACUGUCAUACCCCAUUUACAACCCAAAAUAUAAGCUUGUUUUACCUAAUGUUUGUAAACUACAUAAAUGUCAACAAACACUGUAUCGCCUCAAACCAUGUUUUAAACUAUAAUUUUGAUAUCAUGGUCCAUAGCUUUGUCUAUGAAUUUGAGAGUGGUUACAUUUCUUCAGCCCCAUCCCUCAGCUUUUUACCAAAACACUAGUGGGGUGCAUCUUUGUUAAAUGUUCAAUCUGCAGUUGAAACAAUACAUCUCUUUGUGGUGGUUUCUCCAACAGAUCAAGCAAUCCUGGACUAAAAAGCAUUUAAUGGAGAGUCUCCAUUGAGAGAUUUUUAGUCCAGGACGAGGCUUAAUCUUUAUCCGGGAAACCGCCCUUUGAGCUUUCAGGUCUCUCUUCAGGUCUCUCUUGCAAAAGUGAUUUUAUCUUAUUGAGACUAACCCAUAUUAGGGGCGGCAGGGUAGCCUAGUGGUUAGAGCGUUGGACUAGUAACCGGAAGGUUGCAAGUUCAAAUCCCCGAGCCGACAAGGUACAAAUCUGACAUUCUGCCCCUGAACAGGCAGCUAACCCACUGUUCCUAGGCCGUCAUUGAAAAUAAGAAUUUCUUCUUAACUGACUUGCCUAGUUAAAUAAAGGUAAAAUAAAAAUAAUUAAAGAUUAAAUAAAAAAUUGGUUAAUACUAAAUGGUAUAAAAAAAAGAAAACAGGUGCUAGAUUUUUUGUGGGGUUUUAAGUGUUAUGAAUACAGUUACACCCUAAGAGCCGGUUUCCUGGACAGUUCUGUACUAAAAACCUCUUCCAAUUGAGAAUCUCAAAUGAUUUUUGGUCCAACACAACGGUUAAUCUCUGUCCGGAAACUGGACCCAAAUCUUUGGAGUGACUGCAUGUGUUUGCCAAUGGUGUGACUGCUUCUCUAGGACCAAACCUCUGAAUGUAUUGUACCUCUUCACUAUGAAAUUCUUGGAGUGUGUGGUGGAUGAGUAAGAGUUACAGUGCCAAGUGAAAGCCUGCAAACCCUUGCACAGUUUUUACAUUUUGCACCCUGAAACUGAAAUCCCCCCAAAAUAUUCAAUAAGUAUUUUUUUCUCACUGAUCUACACACCAUACUCCCCCAUUUUCCAAGAAAAUUUAAAUUUUUCAAUUUUUUUUCAAUUUUUAUUCACACCCCUUGAUGUGGCACAUCUGAAUAUGUUUAUUUGGAAAUUAUCUUCAUACAAAAUCACACAUUGUAGAAUGAGGUCCAUGCAAAAGAUUUGGUUUUCCUGAUUUAAGAACAACUUUCCCUGUCUCUGUAAGGUACCUCAAUUGGAUAAUGAAUGUCAAACAGUGAUUCAACCUCCGAGCCACACCCAAUGAGCUUUAAAAGCAUGUCUGGGAUACAUUUUUGGACAGGCAUAGAUCAGGGGAGGUUUAGAAAUAAUUCUAAGCCACUGAAUAUCCCAUUGAGUGUUGUCAGGAUCUCGUCACGGUAUCUCUGUGCAUUCUAAUUGCCAUAGAUGAUAAAAUGCAAUCGUGUUCGUUGUUAGUAGCUUACAGUAUGCCUGCCCAUACCAUAGCCCCACCAUGGGGCGCUCUGUUCACAACGUUGAAGUCAACAAGCUGCUCACCCACACAACGCCAUACACGCUGUCUGCCAUCUGCCCGGUACAGUUGAAACCGGGAUUCAUCAGUGAAGACACACUUCUCCAGCAUUGCUGUGGCCAUUGAAGCUGAGCAUUUGACCACUGAAGUCUGUUAUGAUGCCAAACUGCAGUCAGACAAGUCCCUGGUGAAGGCCAAGAGCACGCAGAUGAGCUUCCCUGAGACUGUUUCUGACAGUUUGUGCAGACAUUUUUUGGUUGUGCAAACCCACGGUUGUAUCAGCUGUCCAGGUGGCUGGUCUCCCGCAGGUGAAGAAGCCGGAUGUGGAAGUCCUAGGCUGGCAUGGUUAUACAUGGUCUGCGGUUGUGAGGCUUGGUUAGAAGUACUGCCAAAUUCUCUAAAACAACGUUGCAGGUGGCUUAUGGUAGAGAAAUUAACAUAAGUAUCUGGCAACAGUUCUGGUGGACAUUUCUGCAGAUGGCAUGCCAACUGUAUGCUCCCUCAAAUUGACACAUCUGUGGCAUUGUGUUGUGACAAAACUGCACAUUUCAGUGGCCUUUUGUUGUCCCCAGCACAAGGUGCACCUGUGUUAUGAUCAUGCUGUUUCAUCAGCUUCUUGAUAUGCCACACCUGUCAGGUGGAUGGAUUAUCUUGACAAAGGAGAAAUGCUCACUAGCAGGAAUGUAAACAAAUGUGUGUACAGAAUUUGAGAGAAAUAAGCUUUUUGUGCUAAUGGAACAUUUCUGGUAUCUUUUAUUUCAGCUCAUGAUACUAACACUUUACAUGUUGCAUUGAUAGUUUUGUUCAGUAUACUUCUGGUGUUCCAAAACGCAAUGAUGCUGCUGGUCUGAUCGAGGCUAGGUUUUUAGCAUCCUCAUGAUGGGUAUAGGGCAAAUUUGAAUAUCAUGUAGCCUAAAACUUUCGAUGUUACAUUAAGCUGGGUGAAUGGAAUAUAAAUAACAGUCAUCCAAUAUGCUGUAAUAGAAAUAAGACCAUGCUCAUAAAAAAAUAAUAAUGAUAAUUGUCCUCCCUAAUCCUAAAUUGCACCUACCGCCACUGACCCAGACACUGCAACGUUCUGGCUGUCAAUCCUAACUGAGAUGUGAGGGAGAAUGGAAACUGCUCAGGGACAUCACUAUGGGAUUUAAGAUUGUUUUAAAAUGGCCGCAGAAUUCAAUGGCUGAGCUGAGAGAACAGUGCAUGGAUCAACAACAUUACAUUCACUCAACAUUACUGGCAUGUAGGAUGAAGUGAAAAGAAAGAACCCUGUGUUUAAAAAAUUGAGGCCGUUAAAGCUUGAAUCUGCAUUAGAGUAGGUGAAACAGUGCCACUGGUCGCCCCAGGCUCCAUUUAUCGUUUUGUUUAUGAACCGAGGAGAGGAGUAUACAGCAUCUUGGUAAAAAACAAAUCGCAGUACAUACUCCUCUGUUCUAUCACGGGUGCAAUUGUGUUUUUGGUUUGAAGUAACUUUUGUUGUUGUAAUAUUGUAACGCUACGUGGCAGUUUCAUAGCUAUGGAUUCCAGCUUUAAGUAAUACUACAGUACAACAUGGCAAAGAUUCAUUGUUUUGCUUCAAUUAAAAUCUUAAGGUAUGGGUUCAAUUUAACACAUCACAGAGUGAAAUUCUCUAUUUUCAAGUAUUGGGGUGGCAGCAUCAUGUUAUGGGUAUGCUUGUCACUAGCAGAGACGAGGGAAUUUGUCAAUAUCAAGAUCAAUAUGAAAGGAGCGAAGCCCAGGUAAAAAGUAAGAGGAAAACCUGCCUCAGUCUUCUGAAUACCUAAUCUGUGUGUGUGUGUGUGUGUAUGCAUUUAUACUGUAUGCGUGUGAGUGGUGAACCAACACUGUUGAACCUUUCCAAGAGGUGCUGAGUGGUCCAGUCUCAGUCCUGACUUAAAUCUGCUUGACUGUCACAAGGUUUGACUAUUGAGCUUGAGCAAUUUAGAUGACAAACUGCCUUCAGAAAUGAUUCUCACCCUGGACUUUUUUUAUUGUCCUUUUUGGUCAAAGAUCCACACAAUACUAGUCAGUGGAAGAAAAAUUCAACGAUUUGUUAACAAUUAAUGAAAAAUAAUGAAUUAUCAACCCCCUGAGUUAAUAUAUGUUAGAAUCACCUUUGGCAGCAAUUACAGCUGUAAGUCUCUUAAGAGCUUUGCAUACCUGGAUUGUACAAUAUUUUCCCAUUUAUUCUUUAAGCUCUGUCAAGUUGUUUAUUUUUUUUUAGCUUUAUUUAACUAGAACAAAUUCUUAUUUUCAAUGACUGCCUAGUGGGUUAACUGCCUAUUCAGGGGCAGAAUGAGAGAUUUGUACCUUGUCAGCUCAGGGAUUUGAACUUGCAAACUUCCGGGUUACUAGUCCAAUGCUCUAACCACUAGGCUACCCUGCUGCCAAUCCCUGCUGUUUGAUCAUUGCUAGACAGCCAUUUUCAAGGCUUGCCAAGCCACUCGUGAAUAUUCAAUAUAGCCUUGGUAAGUAACUCCAUCUUUGCGAGGCAUUGGAAAACCACCCUUGCCUUUGGUUGAAUCUGUAUUUUGAAAUUCCCUUCUCAACUGAGGGACCUUACAUUUAUCUUGUAUGCAUUUGUGGUACAGAGAUGGUGUAGUCAUUCAAAGAAAUCACGUUAACCACUAUUAUUGCACGAAGAGUGAGUCCAUGCAAUUUAUGUGACUUGUUAAGCACAUUUUUACUCCUGUAUUUAUUUAAGCUUGCCUUAACAACGGGGUUGACUACUUCCUGACUCAAUACAUUUCAACUUUACAAAUAAAAAAAAUUAAAUUAAGAAAAAAAAUCUAAAACCAAAAUUCCACUUUGACCUUAUGGGCUAUUAUUGUGUGUAGGUCAGUUACACAAAAUCUCAAAUUCAGGCUGUAACACAAGAAAAUGUGGAAAAAGUCCAGAGUUGUGACCUUUCUGAAGGCACUGCAUGUUGCCCUAAGAGUUGUGCAAAGUUGGUAGAAGAUUAAAAAUGAUGCACAGCUGUAAUUGCUGCCCGUAGGUGCUUCCGCCAUGACUAAACUCUGAGGUGUGAAGACAAACACAAUCAAGACAUCUUUGUUUUUAUGAAUGAGCAUUUUCUGUCAUUUUUCUUUCACUUGGAAAACGUGGAGUAUGUUGUGUAGAUCAGUAGUGUUGGGCAUAAUGCCAACCCAGUAGAUAAUGGGCAUAAUGCCAACCCAGAGAUGGCACUAGUGGGGCACCUAUCUGGCAUAUAUAAACUGGUUCAUUAUGAGUGUCUGAUUAGGAUGUCGUGACCUGUAACAUGUUUAUACCCGAGUAAAGGAUUAUGUUUGAACUUCACCAAA